AUGAGCUAUUUUUUUGGUGAAAAAGCUGCCGAUACAUUCGCUGCUAUUUUUGGUUCACUUUUAUUUACACAUUACCGUUCUUCAACAUCUACAGAUUCCAACAGGAAUAGAUUAUUUACAAAUGACGAACUCAAGCUUUAUAAUGGAGUAGAUAAACCAGAAUUAUAUCUAGCCAUUCUUGGCAAUGUCUUUGAUGUAAGCAAGGGAGCUAAACAUUAUGGUCCAAAUCAACAAUAUAAUGUAUUUGUUGGUUGUGAUGCUUCUCGCAGUUUUGUAACAGGCAAAUUCAGCAAAGAUGAUAUCAGUGAGGAGGUUUCAGACUUGACUCCCCAAGAUUUAAGAUCCAUUAACCAUUGGCAUAAAUUUUAUCAAAAAGAUUAUGCCUAUGUAGGAAAGUUGAUUGGAAGAUAUUUUGAUGAAUCUGGAAAUGUAACUCCAUAUGGAGAGAUUGUGAAAAAACUAAUUGAGGAUGCUGAACUAGUCAGAAAUGAGGAAAAUGAAGAAAAAAGGCAAUUUCCACCUUGUAAUGUGGAGUGGAAUGCUGCACAAGGGUCUAGAGUUUGGUGUACCAAAAAUAGUGGAGGCAUAACUAGAGAUUGGAUAGGUGUACCUAGACAAUUUUAUGAAAUGCAUUCAAAAUCAUAUAGAUGUGCAUGUAUUAGCAAAUUCAAUGAGAAACUAGGAAAUAUUAGAGAAUAUGAAGGCACCAUGGGUAAAAUUAAGGCUGGAACUGUAGUCGACAUCCUUGGUGAUGAAAUGACAAGGAUUAUCUGGGAUGCCAUCAAAGAAAAGCUAAUUCUCCCUUUCUUGGACAUUGACCUGAAGAUUUAUGAUUUGGGAAUGGAAAAUAGAGACAAGACCAAUGAUCAAGUCACCAUCGAUUGUGCUGAAGCAGUCAAAAAGUACAAUGUUGGAAUAAAGUGUGCCACAAUAACCCCUGAUGAGAAGAGAGUUGAAGAAUUCAAAUUGAAACAGAUGUGGAAAUCUCCCAAUGGUACAAUCAGAAACAUACUUGGGGGAACAGUAUUCAGGGAAGCAAUUAUUUGCAAGAACAUUCCUAGAUUAGUUACUGGUUGGGAAAAGCCCAUCAUUAUUGGUAGACAUGCACAUGCUGAUCAAUAUAAGGCCACUGAUUUUGUGGUUCCUGGAGCAGGUAAAUUGGAAUUAGUUUACACUCCAGCAUCUGGAAAGCCAGAAUCACACACUGUACAUGAAUAUAAGGGACCAGGUGUUGCCCUAGGUAUGUUCAACACCGACGAAUCCAUCAUCGACUUCGCUCACUCGUCGUUCCAAUACGCCCUCGACAGGCAGUACCCCCUCUACCUGAGCACCAAGAACACCAUCCUGAAGCGGUAUGACGGCCGCUUCAAGGACAUCUUCCAGGACAUCUACGAUAGAGAGUACCGGGCGCGGUACGAAGCGCAGAACAUCUGGUACGAAAUUUCUCACCGAGGACCAUUUUUGAAAAUUUUUAAUUAG